AUGGCUGAUAUUCCUUUCCCCGGUGGAGCUCGAGGAGCUCCAGCAUACGGUAUCGCCUCAGGCCAACGUCGUUCCUCCUACGCCUCCGUCGUGUCCGGCAACGCCCUUUCCCCCCAAUAUCAGGCUCAUUUUCCCAUCUACUCAACUCAAACCCUGUAUCCUCCUACCCAUCAUAUUCUCAGCCUGACGCCCCUCUCCAUCGGGCCUCGUCCGGUUUGGAUGCCGCAGAUAUGCAUCUCAACUCAGCCUGGAGGGCCUCUACCUCCCCAGAUUCGCUCCCAGCAUACUCUCGCAACCCUGGCCGACGGGCCAUCCUUCUUCACCCCAUCCUACCUCCGUCACUCCCGAUACAUAUCACGUCUCGACGCCGCCCAGCGAGCGAAGACAGCUACCCAACAUCGUGAUGCCUCCUCCACAUCUACAUCGAACCCUCCACUAUCUACCUCCUCAAGCCAUGUGCACCUCCAUCGCAUGGCCCCUUCCCAUCGUGGGAUGACGUAUGAUCUCAUCGAAAAGGAUCCCCCGUCUCCCGCCGACCACAUUAGCCCAUUACCCACCCAGUGGAAUGCAUUUGACAAAUAUGCCAAUCUAGAACUAUCAAACGAUGGUUUGGAUGUGAAAUACACUGGUCCAGUACACAAGCAUGAUCACGAGGCUGCUGCGCUGCGCGCCGACAACCCCAUGCCACCGCAGUGCGGAAUUUACUAUUUUGAAAUAAAGAUUGAAGCCAAACCCAAAGAAGGCAUGAUCGGGAUAGGAUUCUCGAGUCCCAAAGCAUCGGUUGAGAGACUUCCCGGUUGGGAGCAGGAAUCUUGGGCAUACCAUGGAGACGAUGGAAAGUCGUUUUUUGGUGAAAGCCAAGGACAAGGUCGGCCGUAUGGGCCGACUUUUGGCGUUGGUGAUACUGUCGGAUGUGGGGUCAAUUUCUCCACAGGGCAGGCCUUCUUCACAAAGAAUGGAAGCUUUCUAGGAUAUGCAUUUCAUGAAUUGCGCAAUGUUAAGCUAUAUCCAUCGGUGGGGAUGAAGAAACAGCCCCCAGUACACUUGAAAGCGAACUUCGGUCAACAGCCAUUCGUCUUUGACAUUGAUGGCAUGGUUGAUCAAGAGAGACAUGACAUCGAUAACCAAAUCAGAACUACAAAUACAGAUAGCUUGCAACCUCCACUGGAUGAAACAGCUCUACUUCAGGAAUUGGUCGCUCAAUUUUUGGCUCAUGAUGGCUAUGUGGAGACUGCGCGGGCUUUCGCAGAAGAGGUUGCCACUGAAACUGCAGCUCUCCAGAAUGGACAUGACGAACCGUUGAAGAAGUACGAAGUGGAAGAGGACCGCGAAGCUAUUAAUAGGAACAGAAUCAGGGCGGCUAUCCUCGACGGCGACAUUGACAAAGCUCUGAAACAUACGAAUGCCUACUAUGCCAAUGUCUUAGAAGAUUUCCCCCACAUUCACUUCAAGCUCCGGUGCCGCAAGUUCCUCGAAAUGAUGCGACAGUCAAAUGAACUCUCUGCAGCAGCAACAAACGCAACCCAAAAACGCCGACAAUCAGGAUCACAAGGCAUCCCAGGCACAAAUGCGGUCUUCGAUCAAGAGAUGGAACUCGACGGCGGCGAAGACUGGGAUGCAGAUGGCAUGGUCAUCGGAGAGACCGAAGAAGCGGCUGCGGCAGUAGCUCAGUUCAACGAACUUCUGACUGAGGCCGUUCAAUAUGGUCAACAACUACGCAUGGACUAUCCGUCCGACGAGAAUGGCGGAGAUAAGAAGACGCUGGAGGACAUCUUCUCUCUAGUUGCAUAUCCAGACCCUAACCAUUCCAGGCACGGGCAUUACUUAGACCCCGAGGGACGAGUAGCAGUGGCAGAGGAACUGAACUCGGCCAUUCUUGUCUCACUUGGGAAAUCUUCGUCUGCUGCUUUAGAGAGACUCUAUCAACAAACAGAGGUUCUCGUUAACGAGAUCAGCGAAGACGGCGGCGCUGGGGCGUUCAUUAAUGUUCGGAAACUAGCAUUUCCUUGA